GUCUGGUGCUAUUUGGAUUCACAGAAUAUUCAAGUUAGCUGUAAUAAUAGCAGGCAACGAGAGCAGACAUAUACACAAACCUGUUAUGAUGCCACCGAUAAUUGCAACAACCAGAGUCAUUGCCAAAGCUGCAGCUUGCAUGCCCGCCUGUACACUUGCAGUUCUACCAUCCCCGGCGUCGAUAGUAAACACAUUAUUAAUCUCAAGAAGUUCCGUCGUGUUAAACACUGGUGCCCGGGCUGGGAAAGUAAUGUACAAACUGAAAUACAUUAUGGUUUUACAAAAGUGAGACUGAAAUACAUGGUCUACAAAAGUGAGACUGAAAUACAUGGUCUACGUGAGAUUUGUUCAAAUAUUUCUUUUCAUGCAUUCAUAUUAUAUGUGUGUAUAUCAAUUGCACAAGUGC